AUGGACAACCAAACCAAGGUGGAACAAUUCAUCUUGUUGGGACUAAAGAAUGAUUUGAAGCUCCAGUAUAUAGUCUUCACAUUUUUUCUUCUGUUGUAUAUGGCCACGUUAGUGGGGAAUGGUACUAUUGUGAUUGUAGCUUUAGCUGAACCUCGCCUUCACAGCCCCAUGUACUUUUUCCUUGGAAAUCUUUCCUGCCUUGACAUCAUUCACUCCACGGUAACUGUUCCAAAGAUGCUGGCUGGAUUGCUAACAGAGCUGCAAACCAUCUCUUUCAAUGGCUGCAUGGUCCAACUCUUCUUCUUCUACUUCAUGGGUGGUACUGAAGGCAUCCUCCUUGGAAUCAUGGCCUAUGACCGCUAUGUGGCAAUAUGCAACCCCUUGCGCUAUACUCUCAUCAUGAGAAAAGAGGUCUGUGUUUUAAUGGCAGUAACUGCCUGGCUUAUUGCCUUUUUCCAUGCCCUGAUGCAUGCAGUGAUGACUGCUCAUCUUCCCUUUUGUGGGCCAAAUCUAAUUGAACACUUUGUAUGUGACAUCAAGCCAUUGUUAAAACUGGCCUGUGAAAGCAUACAUGUCAACCUCAUGCUGCUCAGUAUUGUAACCAGCUCUGUUGUUAUGGGCCCUUUUAUCUUCAUACUCUUCUCCUACCUUUAUAUCUUUAGUUCUCUGCACCUUCUCUUUAAAGUGCAGUCCCAAAAUGGUUGGCAAAAAGCCUUCUCCACCUGUGGAUCCCACCUGACUGUGGUAGCUUUAGUCUACAUUCCUGUGUUGUUUAACUACAUGCUUCCCACUGUGGGUACCUCCUCUCAACGAGAUAUGAUAAUCACCCUCAUAUAUAGCGCUAUUACCCCAGUUUUGAACCCACUUAUUUAUACUCUGAGAAACCGGGAGGUUAAAACAAUGAUGAAAGUGGUUUUUGGCCGAAAGAUGUUCACUUUUUGUUGA